CCACCGCAGGAGACUGGGGGAAUGUUACACUUUCCUGGAUACACAAUCAUCAUUGUAGGGAUAUUGAUACGCACCGGACAUACAUUUAUUGGAUCUCAGCGGCAAAGAUUGGAUUAUUUUACGGACUGUAAAACCUUAUUGAAGUUUUAGUUCACAUGUGUCAGCGCUUGUUUUAUCAGAGUGGCUGAAGACUCAAGGAACCAGAAAUGGACCAGAACCUGUUUGGAGGGGCCCCCAGAUUCCUCACGCGGCCCAAAGCAUUCGCAGUGUGCGUGGGCAAGGAUGCCACUCUAAGCUGCACCAUCGUGGGCAACCCCACCCUACUGAUUACCUGGGAAAAGGAGAAGCUACGUCUGACCUCCGGGGGCCGCUUCAAGACGGUGGAUGAUGGUAAUGUCUACCGCCUCACCAUCUACGAUCUAACCCUGGAAGACAGCGGCCAGUACAUGUGCCGGGCCAAGAACAACGUUGGGGAGGCAUACGCAUGUGUAACCCUUCAUGUAGGCCUUCCACAGGAGAUGGUGGACAGGGCCCCCGUCUUCAUGGUCAAGCCUACCUCUGCACGUGUGGGCCUGGGGGGCGAUGUGGUCUUCCACUGCCGGGUUGCUGCUUACCCAGAGCCCAAAUUUGACUGGGAUAAGGACGGGCGUUACCUAGCCGAGACAAACCGCAUCAAGGUGUCUUCGGACGGCGACAGCAGCUCCCUGAGGAUCCAGAGCGUGCGCAGCCUAGACAGCGGCACGUAUACCUGCCGUGCCCAGAACUCGGUGGGCCGCUCGAACUCUGCCGCCGCCUUGGUCAUAGACACCCAGGACUCCCGUCACCUGGGCCAGGACAAGAGCACCUCCCUCCUCUCCCACAUGCAGAAGCGUAAAGAAGGGAUCUCCAUCUACCGCACAGCAGAGACCCGCAGCUCCUCUCACAACUCCACCACCACCUCGUCCACGGCCACCACUAUGGUCACAGACGGGCUGAGCGCUCUGGGUCUGGACCACGGCAGCGCAGCACUGGUCAGCCAGCUACCCAAAAGCGUCUUCACCCGCACCUGCACGGUGACUGAGGGCAAGCAUGCCAAGCUUAGCUGCUUCGUGACGGGUCACCCCAAGCCUCAUAUCAUCUGGAGGAAGGAUGGGGGGAACAUCGGCGAGGGACGAAGGCACAUCAUGUAUGAGGACCAGGCCGAAAAUUUCAUCCUCAAGAUCCUGUACUGCAAGCAGAGCGACAACGGCCUGUACACCUGUAAUGCCUCCAACAUGGCUGGACAAACCUACAGUGCUGUGCUGGUGAUUGUUAAAGAGCCCAAGGUGCCGUUCAGGAGGAAGCUGCAGGAUGUGGAGGUCCAGGAGAAGAUGACGGCCAUGCUGCUGUGUGAGGUGCCCGUUUCUGCUAGCCAGGCCAGCUGGUUCAUGGAGGAGACACGUCUGGAGGACAGCUCCAAGUACUGCAUGGAGGAGGAGGGGACCAUGCGUCGCCUCACCAUCCGCAAUGUCACCACUAAUGAUGAUGCCGUCUACAUCUGCGAGAUGAAGGAGGGGAGCCGCACCGUAGCCGAGCUCACUGUGCUGGGGAAUAUCACUAAGAAGCUUCCCAGGAGGACUGUAGUGUCGGUGAGUGAUACAGUGAUCUUCUGCGUGGAGCUGGAGCACCCCUGUUCUGACGCCUACUGGACGCGCAACGGCGAGCGCCUGAAGCCGGACACACGGAUAUCCAUUGCGUGCACCCUCAGACAGUACACGCUAACCAUCAGCCACUGCCAGGCCGACGACUCAGGAGAGGUGGCUUUUGUGGCUGGAGACUGCAAGACCUCCACACGAUUCUCAGUCGCGGCUGCCAGAAAGCACCCUCCAGAUCCCCCUAUCGACGUGGUGGUGCGUAGCAAGACCGACUCGUCCAUCACCCUCCACUGGUCCCCCCCAGACAGUGACCGCCCCGUGCCCAUCAAAGGGUACAUGGUAGAGAGGAGGAAGGUGGGUGCCCAGACCUGGCAGAGGUGCAACGGCAUGGAGGUCAGCCCCUUUACUGAGAUCACGAUCCAGAAUAUCACAGAGGAGGCCAGCUACCAGUUCCGCAUCUCCGCAGUCAACGACUACGGCCAGAGCCAGUAUAUGGAGGUGCCUGGGACCUUCUACCUCGAGCCCUCUGCAGAGGUGAAGACAGGCCUGAUGAACAGCACAGCCAUCUCAGGCGAGGAGGCCUCCCUCUCCGUGGACCUGUCUGCCGUGUGCUCUGGCUCCUGGUCUAUCAACGGCCGCCUCCUGCGGAGUGGGGCUGACUACCUCAUCACACGCCAAAAGACCACACAUACGCUGACAAUCCGAACCGUCUCGAUGGAGAUGAAUGGAGCCGCGGUCAAAUUUGUGGGCGGUGGCUCCGAGAGCACUUGUAUACUCCACGUGAAGGCUCCAGCUGUCCGGUUCACCAGUAAGUCCGCUCACACCGAGGUGGUGACCUGCAGCGCCCAGUCCUCCGCCCAGCUGACCACAGAGGUGUCCGAUUAUGAUGCUCAGGUGGUCUGGAUGAAGAAUGGACGGGAGCUGAAGGUGGGCAAGAAGUAUGAGUGCAUGAGCACCGACCGCAAGAGGAUCCUGAUGGUGCACAACGUCACCGAAGAGGACACGGGCAUCUAUGAGUGUGUCUUAAACGAAGACCGAAUGUCCCUGCAGCUUUCUCUAAAAGAUGAAGCCAAGUUCCUGAACAAGCCCAGGGGUCCCAUGGAGGUGGCGCCUGCCCUCAGCGGGGACCUGGAGUUGAACUGCGAGGUGUCGUCUGCAAGCGGGGUGGUGGUGUGGAGGAAGGAUCAGACACUGGUCACUGAGGACCAAAGAACCACCGUCGUCUCCAAAGGGACACAGAGGAGACUGGUCAUCAAGAAUGCCAAGAAGAGUGACGAGGGACACUACUCCUGCGAGACAGUCGAGGACAAAGUCACAUUCCAGGUCAAGAUCAAAGAAGCCCAACAGGCAGUCUUCUACAACAAGGAGUCUGUACAGAAGGAGGUGAAAGCUACUCUCUCCCAGAAAGCCACUCUGAGCUGUGAGGUGUCCGACCCCAAGACGGAGGUGAAAUGGUACAAGGGCGGCAAGCUGCUGACUUCCACUGAGACAGUCUCCACGGAGACAAAGGGCAGGAGUCGUCUGUUGGUAGUAGACAAAAUUGAGAAGAAGGAUGCUGGAGAAUACACCUGUGAGGCUAGAGCAGAGAAGCUGGUCUAUAAAAUACAUGUUUCAGAAACCCAACAGUCUGCAUUCACCAACAAGGAGUUCGUACAGGAGGUGAAAGCUACUCUUUCCCAGAAAGCCACUCUGAGCUGUGAGGUGUCUGAUACCAAGACAGAGGUGAAAUGGUACAAGGAUGGCAAGCUGCUGACUUCCAGUAAGACAGUCUCCAUGGAGACAAAGGGCAAGACUCGUCAGCUGGUAAUAGAGAAGGUGGAGAAGAAGGAUGCUGGAGAGUACACCUGUGAGGUUGGAGUGGAGAAACUGGUCUAUAAGAUUCAGGUGACAGAAGCCCAGGCUGUCUUCACCAACAAGGACUCUGUACAGAAGGAGGUGAAAGCUACUCUCUCCCAGAAAGCCACUCUGAGCUGUGAGGUGUCUGAUACCAAGACGGAGGUGAAAUGGUACAAGGAUGGCAAGCUGCUGACUUCCAGUAAGACAGUCUCCAUGGAGACAAAGGGCAAGACUCGUCAGCUGGUGAUAGAGAAGGUGGAGAAGAAGGAUGCUGGAGAGUACACCUGUGAGGUUGGAGCGGAGAAACUGGUUUAUAAGAUUCAGGUGGCAGAAGCACAACAGGCUGCCUUCACCAACAAGGACUCUGUACAGAAAGAGGUGAAAGCUACUCUCUCCCAGAAAGCCACUCUGAGCUGUGAGGUGUCUGAUACCAAGGCAGAGGUGAAAUGGUACAAGGAUGGCAAGCUGCUGACUUCCAGUAAGACAGUCUCCAUGGAGACAAAGGGCAAGACUCGUCAGUUGGUGAUAGAGAAGGUGGAGAAGAAGGAUGGUGGAGAGUACACCUGUGAGGUGGGAACAGAAAAGCUGGCCUACAAGAUACACGUGACUGGAGAAACUCAAGCUGCCUUCUACAACAAGGAGUCUGUACAGAAGGAGGUGAAAGCUACUCUCUCCCAGAAAGCCACUCUGACCUGUGAGGUGUCUGAUACCAAGACAGAGGUGAAAUGGUACAAGGAUGGCAAGCUGCUGACUUCCAGUAAGACAGUCUCCAUGGAGACAAAGGGCAAGACUCGUCAACUGGUGAUAGAGAAGGUGGAGAAGAAGGAUGCUGGAGAGUACACCUGUGAGGUUGGAGCGGAGAAACUGGCCUUCAGGAUUCAUACGGCAGAAACUCAAGCGGCUUUCUCCAACAAGGAGUCUGUACAGAAGGAGGUGAAAGCUACUCUCUCCCAGAAAGCCACUCUGAGCUGUGAGGUGUCUGAUACCAAGACGGAGGUGAAAUGGUACAAGGAUGGCAAGCUGCUGACUUCCAGUAAGACAGUCCAGAUGGAAACUGAGGGCAAGACUCGUCAGCUGGUGAUAGAGAAGGUGGAGAAGAAGGAUGCUGGAGAGUACACCUGUGAGGUUGGAGCAGAGAAACUGGCCUUCAGGAUACAGGUGGCAGAGACUACCUUCUCCAACAAGGAGUCUGUACAGAAGGAGGUGAAAGCUACUCUCUCCCAGAAAGCCACUCUGAGCUGUGAGGUGUCUGAUACCGAGACAGAGGUGAAAUGGUACAAGGAUGGCAAGCUGCUGACUUCCAGUAAGACAGUCUCCAUGGAGACAAAGGGCAAGACUCGUCAGCUGGUGAUAGAGAAGGUGGAGAAGAAGGAUGCUGGAGAGUACACCUGUGAGGUUGGAGCGGAGAAUUUGGCCUUCAGGAUAGAGGUGGCAGAAUCCUCUGCCAAGUUUAAAAAAACGUCAGUGAAGAGUGCAUGCAGUGUUCAAGCAAGUGAGAAGAUUGUUUUGACCACUGAGUUGACUUCGGAGAGUGCCAGCGUUAAGUGGUUCAGGGACGGUGUGGAGUUGAAGGAGAGCUCUAAGUAUGACAUGAAGAGAGAGGGACAUUCUCGUACCCUGAUUGUGAAGUCCACUGAAGUCAAAGACAGUGGCACCUACUCUUGCCACACUGCUGACGACAAGCUUGAGUUCAAAGUUCAAGUCAAAGACUCACCGCUGAAGUUUGUGGUGCAGUUGCAGCCUGUAGUCACAGAGCUGGGUGGUACACUGACACUGACCUGUGAAAUGAACCGAGCCUUAGGGGACGUGCUCUGGCGCCACAACAGCUGUGAGGUCAAACCCGGCGGCAGGUUCUGUGUCAGCACUGUUGGUCCCAAGCGGGUCCUUACUGUGACAGGAAUGGCAAAAGAGGACGAGGGAGAAUACAGCUGUGAAUGCAAAGAUGAUAAGACCUCUGCCAAUGUCUCCACCAAAGCACCCAGACUGGUGAAGCUGACUUCCAAGCUGAGCAACGUCGCUGCUGUGGAGGGGAAGGAGGCCAUCUUCAAGUGUAGUGUCACCCCAGCUGACGUCAACGUGAAAUGGUUCUGCAACAACGUGCCCAUCACUGCAGGGCCCAAAUAUAAGAUUGAGCAUGGGGGCACCAGCCACUCCCUCACCGUCACCUCAGUCAGUCAGGAUGAUGCUCAAGAGAUCAGCAUUGAUGCAGAGGGCAAAACCUGCAGUGCUACCCUCCAAGUGCAACUGGAGCCGGUGAUGUUCAAGAAGAAGCUGGAGAAUGUGAUGGCGGUGGAGGAACAGAAGGAGGUGAAGCUGGAGGUAGAGCUGAGUAAGCCCUCUAAAGAGGUCAGGUGGAUGAAGAACAGCGUGGUGCUACAACCUGGAGGCAACAUGGAGAUCAGGGUGGACGGAGCCAAGCAGACCCUGGUCUUUAAGAGUGUGACUACGGCCGACCGUGGUUACUACUCCUGUGAGACCCUGGACGACAAGACCCAGGCCAAACUCACAGUGGAUGUGAAGAAGAUUGAGGUGGUGAACGGCCUGCUGCCGGAGGUCAAGGCCCAUGAGAAGGAGACAGUGACCCUUGAGGUGGAGCUCAGCCAGGCUGACGUGGAGGGCUCCUGGACCAGGGACAGCGUCAAGCUCAAGGCAGGGUCCAACUGCCGCAUCACGGCCCUGGGAAAGAAGCACGCCCUCACACUAUCCCAAAUUAAGAUGGAGGACGCAGGGACAAUUGCCUUCCAAGCAGAGGGAGUCAAAACAUCUGCCAAACUCAUUGUUACAGAACCUGCGGCUAUGAUCUCUAAACCCAUGGGGGAUGUCAAAGCCCCAGAGAAGGAGAAGGCUACGCUUGAGUGUGAGGUGUCCAGAACUAACGCUGAGGUCAAGUGGUUCAAGGGUGACAUGGAACUGAAACCAGGAAAGAACUUUCGCAUCCACUCCCAGGGGCGCACACGCAGCCUGCUAAUCCACAAAUGUUCCCAAGAGGAUGAGGGCACAUACGUCUGCCAAACGUCUGAUGACAACACAUCAGCUAAACUCACUAUUCACGCCCGAGACAUUAAAAUAGUGAAGAGGCUUGAGGACGUGGAGGUGAUGGAGAAGGAGAGCGCUUCGUUCUUCUGUGAGAUCUCUCACGAUGAAGUGGACUGCCAGUGGUUCAAAGGCGACACCAAACUCAAAGUCGGUGACAACAUCAAGAUGAGACAAGAGGGUAAAAUCUAUGUGCUGCUGUUUAAGUCGGUGACCCCAGAAGACAUUGCUGAGAUUAAAUUCACAGCUGAAAAGGCCUCUUCAACAGCCAAACUGACAGUGAAAGAGCUCCCUGUCCAGUUUGUGAAGAAGCUCAGGGAUAAGUUAGCCUUGUAUACACACCGUGGGUUCUUGGAAUGCCAAGUGUCCCGGACCAGCGCCAAGGUCAAGUGGUACAAGAACAAGAAGGAGAUCAAGCCCAGCAAGAAGCACGAGAUCAGCAGCGAGGGUAUAUACCGCAAACUCACCAUAAACGACGUGGGCUCGGAUGAUGAGGAUACUUACACCUGUGACGCCAUCGACGACAAGACAUCCUGUAAACUUCUUGUGGAAGAGCAGGCCAUCAGCGUCGUACGGGAGCUAAGUGCCGUGGAAGUGACCGAGCCCUUUGCCGCCUUCUUCGAGGUGGAGAUCAACAUCGACUCAGUCAAGCCCCCCAAGUGGACCCUGAAUGGUGUGGCCGUGCAGGAGAGCGCUGACGUGGAGAUGGAGAAGGAGGGCUCCAUGCACCGCCUCACCUUCAAGAAGACCAAGGCCUCCAUGACAGGACCUGUCCAGUUCAUGGCUGGCAAGAGCAAGUCUGUGGCCCAGCUUACUGUCAAAGAGCGUCCUCUUGAGGUGGUAGAGCCCAUUAAAGAUGUGACAGUCAAGGAGAAGGGCUCAGCCACUCUGAGCUGCAAGUUCUCCGCCACACCCAAAGAGGUGAGCUGGUUCAAAGGGCAAACCCUCCUGGAUGCUUCAGACAAGUACAGCCUGAAACAGGACGCUGUGAGGGCUCAGCUGACCAUCCAGAAGCUGACUGGGGAAGACACCGGGGAGUACCGCUGUCAGUCGGCUGCUGCCGAGACCAAAGCCACUCUCACUGUAGAGGUUCGGAAAGUGGAGAUCACCAAACACCUGGUGGACACAGAGGUGGAUGAGGACAGUGAUGCAGUGUUCAUUUGUGAGAUCAACUACACUGAUGAGGAGGUGCAAUGGCUACUCAAUGAAAAAGCACUCUUCUCCAACGAGGUCAACACCAUCACACACGUGGGCAAAGUGCACACGCUCACACUCAAGAAUCUGGCACCUGAGGAUGGGGGCACCAUCAUCUUCAAGGUCAGGGAAAUCAAGGAGGGUGUGACCCUAAAAGUCAAAGAGAAGCGUGCAGUGUUCCUCAAGUCUCUGGAUGACGUGGUGGGAGAGGUGAAAGGUAUGAUCACCCUGGCGUGUGAGGCCUCCAAGCCCAGGGUCUCCCCCGCCUGGAGGAAAGAUGGUACGCUCCUGACCACUGACUCUAAGUAUGAGGUCCUGCACACAGGCAAGUCCCUGGGUCUGAUCAUCAAGGAUGUUACCAAGGAAGACGCAGGGGAGUACAGCUGCGACCUGGGUACUGAGCUUUCCAAGUCAAAGGUCACUGUGAGGGACCUGAGCAUAGGUAUCACCAAGCAGUUGAAGUCCGUGGAGGCGAUGGAGGGAGAGACAUGUAGCUUUCAGUGUAUUCUGUCACGGGAAAGCACUGACGAGUGUUCCUGGACCUUGAAUGGCCAGACCGUGGCUAACGGAGGACGCUUCCAGGUCUCCAGUACAGGUCGCAAGUACAUGCUGGUUAUCAAGGAUGUGACGCCAGCCGAUGCUGGUGAGGUGGUCUUCAACAUCAAGAACCUGAACUCCAAGACUACCUUAGCUGUUGAAGGCAAAGCUCAAUCUGUAUCACGGGAGCUGCAGAGCAUUAGUGUAGUCUCAGGGGAGGAUGCUGUGUUCAUCUGUGAGGUCACACAGACCAGGGCCACCGUCCAGUGGGCCAAAGAUGGGAAGGACAUCAGGAAGAGUGAGAAGUAUGAGAUCAGUAAAGAGGAGAGGGUCAUGAAGUUGACCGUCCACAGUGUCACUGUUCAGGACUCUGGGGAAUAUAGCUGUGAGGUCAUCGGAGGGGCCACUACCAAGGCCAAGCUGGAGAUCAAAGAGCCAGUCCACAAGUUUACCAAGGAGCUGAAGGACAGCGAGGUGGAGGAGGAGGGCUCAGUGACCCUGCAGUGUGAGACGGCCCAGCCUGCCUCCAAGGCCGCCUGGUCCAAGGAGGGCGUGGAGCUGAAGGACGGGGGACGCUAUGAGAUGAGUCAGAAGGAGACCGUCCUCACACUCACUAUCAAACAGCUGGAGGAGAAAGACAGCGGCACUUACACCUGUGACGUGGGCACUGCCACGAUGAUGGCGAAGGUGACAGUCAAAGCCUUGCCUGCUAGCUUUGAACAAAAGCUGAAGAACCAGCAGGCCAAGGAAGGGGAGAGUGUCACUCUCUGCUCUGUGUUAUCCAAACCUGGGGCCAAGGUUCAGUGGACAAAAGGCACUGAGCAUCUCAAAGCUGGAGACAAAUAUGAGAUGAAACAAAAAGAUGCCUCCUGCGAGCUUCAGAUAAAGCAUCUGAAUGUUGAGGACAGUGGGGAGUACUCCUGUGAGUGUGGAGACCAGAGGACCACAGCGACUAUAAACGUCAAUGCAUUACCUGUGACCUUCAAACACAAGCUGGAGAGCCAGGAGGCUGAGGAGGGGGGCAGUGUUACCCUGCACUGUGAGCUCUCUAAACCUGGAGUCCCUGUGGAAUGGAGGAAGGGAACACAGGUGCUGAAAUCUGGAGAAAAGUACCAGCUGAAGCAGAAAGAAUCUGUGAGUGAACUCCUGAUCAGCAAAGCACUACCAGAGGACAGUGGAGACUACAGCUGUGUGUGUGGAGACCAGAAGACUACAGCCAGCCUCGAGAUUAAGGCCCAACCUGUGACCUUCAAACAAAAGCUAGGGAGCCAGGAGGCUGAGGAGGGGGGCAGUGUUACCCUGCACUGUGAGCUCUCUAAACCUGGAGUCCCUGUGGAAUGGAGGAAGGGAACACAGGUGCUGAAAUCUGGAGAAAAGUACCAGCUGAAGGAGAAAGAAUCUGUGAGUGAACUCCUUAUCAGCAAAGUAGUACCAGAGGACAGUGGAGACUACAGCUGUGUGUGUGGAGACCAGAAGACUACAGCCAGCCUCGAGAUUAAGGCCCAACCUGUGACCUUCAAACACAAGCUGGAGAGCCAGGAGGCUGAGGAGGGGGGCAGUGUUACCCUGCACUGUGAGCUCUCUAAACCUGGAGUCCCUGUGGAAUGGAGGAAGGGAACACAGGUGCUGAAGUCUGGAGAAAAGUACCAGCUGAAGCAUAACGAAUCUGUGAGUGAACUCCUGAUCAGCAAAGUACUACCAGAGGACAGUGGAGACUACAGCUGUGUGUGUGGAGACCAGAAGACUACAGCCAGCCUCGAGAUUAAGGCCCAACCUGUUACAUUCAAACAAAAGCUAGGGAGCCAGGAGGCUGAGGAGGGGGGCAAUGUUACCCUGCACUGUGAGCUCUCUAAACCUGGAGUCCCUGUGGAAUGGAGGAAGGGAACACAGGUGCUGAAGUCUGGAGAAAAGUACCAGCUGAAGCAGAAGGAAUCUGUGAGUGAACUCCUGAUCAGCAAAGUAGUACCAGAGGACAGUGGAAACUACAGCUGUAUAUGUGGAGACCAGAAGACUACAGCCAGUCUCAAGAUUAAGGCCCAACUUGUGACCUUCAAACACAAGCUGGAGAGCCAGGAGGCUGAGGAGGGGGGCAGUGUUACCCUGCACUGUGAGCUCUCUAAACCUGGAGUCCCUGUGGAAUGGAGGAAGGGAACACAGGUGCUGAAGUCUGGAGAAAAGUACCAGCUGAAGCAGAACGAAUCUGUGAGUGAACUCCUGAUCAGCAAAGUACUACCAGAGGACAGUGGAGACUACAGCUGUGUGUGUGGAGACCAGAAGACUACAGCCAGUCUCAAAAUUAAGGCUCUCCCAGUCAUAUUCAAACAAGAUCUGCAGAGUCAGGAGGCUGAAGAGGGGGGCAGUGUUACCCUGCACUGUGAGCUCUCUAAACCUGGGGUCCCCGUGGAAUGGAGGAAGGGAACACAGGUGCUGAAGUCUGGAGAAAAGUACCAGAUGAAGCAGAAAGAUUGCCGUGUGGACCUCCAAGUCUGUGAUUUGAAACCCGAAGACACAGGAAGCUACCAGUGCAGGACUGGAGACACAGAGAGCUCAGCAUGCCUGAAAGUCAAUGCUGUCCCAGUCAUUUUCACUAAAGAGCUGCAGAGCCAACAGGCUGAGGAGGGGGGCAGUGUUACCCUGCACUGUGAGCUUUCUAAACCUGGAGUCCCUGUGGAAUGGAGGAAGGGGGAGGUGGGUCUUUGCCUCUGUGCCAAGUAUAACAUCAUCCAGGAAGGGCACAGCACUAGGCUAGUCAUCCAAAACCUAGACCCAGAAGACUCAGGCAGCUACACCUGUGACAGUGGUGACCGGAAAACCACAGCACACCUUUCUGUGAAGGCCCUGCCCGUUUACUUCAAAACUCGACUACAGAAUCUAGAGUGGGACGCAGGUGAGAUCGCCAUCCUCCGCUGUGAGAUCACCAAGCCUGGGGCCAGCGUUGUCUGGAGCCGGGGCGACAGGGUCCUGGAGUCUAACAACAAGUAUCAGCUGAAACAGGAAGGGGCCAUUGUGAAGCUUAUCAUCUAUAGCCUACAAGGGGCUGACUCUGGGGAGUAUAUCUGUGACACAGGUUACCAGAAGACCUCCUCCGUGCUCGCUGUACAGGAGGUGGAGGUGACCAUAGUGAAGGUCUUGAACAGCUGUUCGGUGCACGAGGGGGAGGAUGUCCACUUUGAGUGCCAUCUGUCCCACGACGAUGCCAAGGAGGUCCAGUGGAAGCUUGCGGACGUCCCUCUGCAGAACAAUGAAAUGAACCUGAUCCGUGCCCAGGGCAAGGUGCACAGCCUCACCCUCAGGGGGGUCACCCAGGCCGACUCGGGCACAGUCACCUUCACCGUGGGUCACCAUACCUCCACCGCAAGCCUGACCGUCCGAGGGGCCCCUGUGGUGUUCAAGAAGGAGCUGGAGAGCCAGGAAGCAGUGGAGGGGGGCAGUGUUUCCCUGACCUGUGAGAUCAGUGCUGAUGGCAAGGUGACCUGGAGAAGGGGCUCCGUGCUCCUCACCCAGGGGGAGAAGUAUUCCAUGGAGCACACAGGUUCUACCUACAUCCUGAUGGUUCACAAGUUAAAGGUUGAAGAUGCUGGAGAGUACACCUGCGAUGCCGGGGAUAAGCAGAGCACAGCCACCCUGACAGUCAAAGAGUCUGUGCGCAUCACUCGGGAGCUGCACGACAUCACAGUGACCACCGGGCAGGAUGCUGUCUUUGCGUGUGAGUUGUCCCAGGAGGGUGUGACCAACGGAGAGUGGUGGCUGGGCGAUAACCUCCUCCAGAACAACGACCUGAACCAGAUGGCCUGCCAGGGCCGGGUACACCGGCUGACACUACAGAUGGUCACUCCCGAUGAAUCAGGGGACGUGGCAUUUGUGGUGGGCGAGGAGAAGACCGUUGCUUGCCUACUGGUGGAAGAGAAGCCCAAAGCCUUAAUCCUUGAGAAGCCUCACGAUACAGUGGCCUUGGAGGGCGAGACAGUCACCCUAUCCUGCACUGUCUCCGACCCCACGGCCACCGUCACCUGGAGCAGGAAUGAUGUGGCCAUCAAUGCAGGACUCAAGUACGACCUGCGGAAGAAUGGAGCUCUCCUGCAGCUGCGCAUCCACAACCUGGAGAUGGAGGACUCUGGAACUUACUGCUGCGAUACCGGGGAUGCACAGUGCACCGUCACCUUGAUUGUGGAAGGUGCCCCGGCAUUCUUUCAGAAGGAGCUGAAGAACCAGGAAGCCCAGGAGGGUGAUGAUAUCACUCUGCACUGUGAGCUCUCCAAGGCGGGCACUCACGUGGAGUGGAGGAAGGGAGGCGCAGUCCUCCAGGCUGGUAAGAAGUACGAGAUGAGGCAGGAGGGCUGCGUUCAGGAGCUCCACAUUCGCAACCUGGAGCCAGAGGACAACGGCUACUACACCUGUGAUGCUGGAGACCAGCUCACCACGGCGUUAGUGGCAGUGCAAGAACCCACAGUAGAGGUGGUGAGCGAGAUGCAGGACCUCCGUGUGGCUGAGGACCAGCCGGCUGAGUUCAUCUGCCAGUACUCCCGGCCGGUCCAGGCCCAGUGGAAAAGAAACGGGAGGCCGUUGCAGCCUGACGGCAGGAGGGUGGUAGUGGAGCAGGACUGGACCGUGGCUCGCUUGUACAUUAGCCACGUGUCCACUGAGGACAGGGGGACGUACUCCUGUGAGGCAGAGGGGACCUGUGUGGUCGCCUCCCUGGAGGUGGAAGCCAAACCCAUUGAAAUCCUCCAGGGCCUGGAGAACAUGGACACCAUCGACGGCGGCGAGGCCCUGUUCGAGUGCUCGAUCUCUCGUUGCGAGAUCAAAGACAGCUGCUGGCUCAUUGACGGCAAGCCUGUGAAGGAUUCGCCAACCACUGAGAUUGUAUCCUUCGAGAGUGGCCGCCGCCACCUGCUGCUGCUAAAGGACCUGCACGUCGGGGACAACUGCAAAGUGACCUUCCAGGCGGGCACCGCAGCGACCUCCGCCAUGCUCAACGUCAAAGGCUGGCAGCUGGAUGUGGUGAGCGGUCUGGAGGAUAAGGUAGCUGUGGUGGGAGAGAAGGUAGAGUUCAGCUGCGUGCUGACCGAGCCUGUGCCUGAGGCGGAGGUAGCCUGGUACUCUAACGGAGCCGAGCUAAAGAAUGAUAACACCUGGGCCAUGCAGGCUGACGGUUGCUUCUACCAACUGGUGCUGAGACAGGCCCCAGCCAUGCCACCACAGGAGAUCACCUUUGCUGCCAGGGACGCCAUUUCCAUGGCCAAGCUCACUGUCAUCACCUUUCCAGACCCCCCGGAGGACCCAGAGCUGGUCAGAAAGCAUAAACAGGGGGUGACCUUGUCCUGGUUCACACCUCUCAGCGAUGGAGGCAGCCCCAUUCUGGGUUACAAGGUGGAGAUGAGGCUGGCGGACAGCGCCCUCUGGCUUCCGUGCCAUGCAGAGCCUGUGUGUAACACAGAGUUCUCUGUGGAUAACCUCAUCCCAGGGAGUGGCUACAGGUUCAGGGUGGCAGCCAUCAACAGAGCUGGGACUGGAGAACCAGUCCAGCUGCCUCAGACCGUUCAGCUGGAGGCUCCGAUCACAGUGACCCAGCAGUUGGCCUGUCCAGGCUUGCAGGAGGGUAAGAUGGCCCGUGUAGAGUGCCAGCUCUCUGCUGAGGGCAGCUCGGUCACCUGGCUCAGAGACAACAAGGAGCUGGAGUUUGGGCUCAAAUACCAGGUCACCAUCGAGGGCAAGACACAAGUGCUGCUGAUCAAAGACUUUGAGUCUGCUGACCAGGGCGUGUACACCUGUGUAGCCUCAGACGAGGCAGAAAGCUCCAUUAAUCUCAACUUACCAACAGGUGGAGAUGGGGUUAAGUUGGAGGGGGCCCAGCCCAGCCUGCCUCCUGAGGCUGCCUCCGAGGGUGAUGUCCACGCGCUGUGGGAGGCCCUGGCCAAGAAACGGCGCAUGAGCCGAGAGCCCACCCUCGACUCCAUCUCUGAGCUGCCUGAUGAGGAGGACAAGGAGCCCAAAACACCCAAGGAGCCAGUCAAGGAGAAGAAAUCCCCAGAGAAGGUGAACGAAAAGGAAAAGGAGAAGGUUGUGGAGCCUGUCAUCAUCGCAAAGAAGGAGUUGGAUACAAAUCUACACAUCAGCUCUGAGGAUGAGUCCAGGGUUCCAACGCUGGUGUCCUACCUGAAGAAGAGCAGCAAGUCCUCCCUCUCUGCAUCCAACCAGACAGAGUCCAUCUCAACUGAGAAGUUCUAUGCACAGACCUCAGUGCAACAGACCACAGUCCUACAGACCUCAUCUUCAGGACAGCAGAUCACAGCACAGACCACAGAGAUCACUGGGUGUGGAAAUGAGGAGGAUGAAGAAAAGGGUCUGCUGGAUGCUGCUGUCAAGAUCCAGGCUGCGUUCAAGGGCUACAAGUCCUGCAAGGACAUGUGUCCAGUCUUCAAGGACGUCUUCAAGGACCAGACCAAGGAGCCCAAUGGCACCAUCCACCUGGAGUGUGUGGUUGAGGGAAAGCCCGACAAGGUGCGCUGGCUGAAGGACGGCGAGCCCCUUGUGGACAGCAAACACCACCACAUCGACAUCUACAACGAUGGCACCUGCUCUCUGGUAAUCACCGCUGUUACCACCAAGGACACGGGCAUCUACACAUGUGAGGUCACCAACAAGUUCGGCGUGACCAUCCACAGCGGCAAGGUGACAGUAGGCUCGGCACGGGAGGCAUCUGGAAGGAGGCCCCUGACCAUGGGCUACAGCGCCGACAGCGAGGCGGAGAGCUCGUCUGCAGAAAGCGAGAUGGACGAGUCUUUGAGGCAGGCCAGCAAACGGCUGCGCCGCCUCCUCCGCACACGUCUGCCGGCCACGUCGGAGGAGGAGUCGUUCGUCAGCUGUGACGAUGAGGCUGAGCUGAAGGCCCCCGAGCCCAAAUCGUACCGUGAGGACGAGCGCUACCUCUACAUCCGCUUUGACACGCGGUCUGAGGCCCAGGUGGCGUCGCUGCACUUUCAGGAGAUGUUCACGGCCCAUGGGGUCCCUGUGGAGACCACCAUCCAGGAGGCUGGACCUCUCAAAGUGGAGCUGCGCAUCAUGAAGAUGGGAUACACCCAAGAUGGCUCUGCAACACCCACACAGGAGAAGCAGCUGCCCGCGUUCAUGACAGGAGCCCCCGCGGCCCCAGUCUUCCUGACCGAACUCCAGAGCCAGGACGUGCCUGAAGGUUACCCGGUCAGCUUUGACUGCGUGGUGAUCGGAAAGCCUACACCCAGCAUGCGUUGGUUCAAGGACGGGAAGCUCCUGGAGGAGAAUGACCACUACAUGAUCAAUGAGGAACACGAGGGCUGCCACCAGCUCAUCAUCACCACCGUGCUGCCUUCUGACAUGGGUGUCUACCGCUGCAUGGCCGAGAACACCAGUGGCAUCGCUGCCACUAAGGCUGAGCUCAGGGUUGACAUGUCUUGCAGUUCAGACUACGAUACUGCAGCUGAUGCCACUGAGACAGGCUCCUACAUCAGCGCCAAGGGCUACAUGUCUAGGGAAACUGAAGCGUUUGAGUCUAUGGCAGAGGAUGAGCAGAUACCACAAGUAAUGGAUGAGCUCCAUGAUGUGCACGUCAGCCCAGGCUCACCCAUCGCUAAGAUGCAGCUGAAAGUCAAAGGUUUCCCCGCGCCCAGAGUGUACUGGUUCAAGGACGGUAUCUCACUGCGUUCCUCAGACAGGAUCCUGCUGCUGGACAAGAGAGACGUCCACAGUCUGGAGGUCCUGGAGGUGAAGAGGGAGGAUGCAGGAGAGUACUCUGCCUACAUCAGCAACGCUGCUGGAUCAGCAUACUCCUCUGCUAGGAUAUUGGUUCUGGGUCCAGGAGAGCUCACACCUGUAGAAGAGCAUGAUCCCAAGGUGCCUCUGGUGCCGCCACGGUUCCUGGAGAAGUUUAGCAACAGGAAGGUGAAACAGGGAGCCAGUGUCACCCUGUCAGUCAGAGUGGAAGGUUCUCCCAUCCCCAUGGUGACGUGGCUGAAAGAGGAGUCUGCUGAGGACGUGUUGUGGAUCAAGCCAGACACUAAGGGAUAUAAGGUGGCCAGGUCUGGGCGCCAACACAGCCUCAUCCUCAUGGAUGCGGGUUCUGAGCACGCCGGCACCUACACCUGCAUUGCCACCAACAGGGCCGGCCAGUCCAUCUGCACUGCCCACUUUGAGGUAGAGGAUGCGCCACGACCAAAGGAAGAGACCAAAAUCCCUCUGGGUAUUACUAUCAGCCCUCCAGUGGAGGAUGCUGGCAGAAGAAUGCCUUAUCUAGGUGAAGUUGGAACAGAAGAGUUUCUUAUGAAACUCACCUCUCAGAUCACAGAGAUGGUAUCUGCCAAGAUCAGCCAAGACAGCGCACAGAACCAUCAAGUGCUCCAGUGGAUUGAAGCAUGGCCCAAAGCCUCCACCUCACUACGUGUCCCGGGAGGCGAUAGCGACGAUGAGACCAAAACACCCUCCGCCUCGCCCCAUCACGGCCGCUCUCGCCCCAGCUCCAUUCUCGCAGACUCCUCCUCUGAGUCUGACGACCCUGAUGCCAGGGGAGAGAUGUUUGACAUCUAUGUGGCUACGGCUGACUACAACCCCACCAUCCCCAACAAAGAGACCAUUUCCCUGAAGGAGGGCCAGUAUGUGGAGGUUCUGGACUCGGCACAUCCACUCAAAUGGCUGGUCCGGACCAAACCAACCAAAACCACCCCAUCCCGCCAGGGCUGGGUGUCACCUGCCUACCUGGACAAGAAACUCAAGCUGUCUGCUGAUGCUGGUGAUGUCCCAGAGACAGGUGGAGAAGAGGUCUCAGAAGGAGAGUACAAAAGAAGACUACUCCAACUGAUCCAGGACAUGAUCAACAGCGAGGCAGAGUUUGUCAAAGAGAUGGACUUCUUCACCUCCCACCACGUCAAGCAGGUGGAGAGCCCUGACGCCCCAUCUGACGUCACCAGCCAGAAGGAGGCCAUCUUCAGGAACAUCCACGAGAUCAAGGCCUUCCAUAGCGAGUUCAUGUUCCCUAAGUUGCGCGAGUGCGACACUGAUGACGACGUGGCCAUGCGCUUCCUGAGGAGCGGGGAGGGCUUUGAGAAAUACCUCCAGUACCUCGUAGGCCAGCAAAAGGCAGAGGCCGCUAUCAGUGACAAGACCGUACACCACUUCUUCAAGAAGUACACAGACAAACAGCAGGCCAGUGCCGACCCUGCUGAAGGGCCUGUAUUGAGCAUUAAUGCAUACCUACAGAAACCCCUGGACAGAAUCCAGAAGUACAAGGCCUCGCUCAAGGAGCUGAUCAGGAACAAGGCCCGGAACGGUCAGAACUGCUGCCUGCUGGAGGAGGCCUAUGCCAUGGUUUCAUCACUGCCUCAGCGUUCAGAGAACACACACCACGUCUCCAUGAUAGAGAACUACCCUGCCACUCUGGAUGUAUUGGGGGAGCCCAUCAGACAGGGACCCUUCAUGAUGUGGGAGGGUGCACCUGGGGUAAGGUCCUCCUCCAGAGGCCACCGUCGACACGCGUUCCUCUUCAAAAACUAUGUCGUCAUCUGCAAAUCCAAGAGAGACUCCAACACAGACACCCAGGGCUACGUCUUUAAGAACAUGAUGAAGCUGAACAACAUAGACGUGAAUGAGACAGUGGAGGGUGACGACCGGGCCUUUGAGAUCUGGCACGAGCGCGAGGACUCUGUCAGGAAGUACACGCUUCAGGCUCGCACCGUCAUCAUCAAGAACUCCUGGCUGCGAGACCUCAGGGACCUGCAGCAGCGCUAUACCAUGCCCGGCUGGAGUAUGCCUGACUUUGAUGAGCUUCUGGCUGACUGCACAGUGGAGCUGGGACAGACAGUGAAACUGGCCUGCAAGGUUACUGGAGUACCCAAACCUGUGGUCACCUGGUACAAGGAUGGGCAUGCGGUGGAGGCCGACCCUCACCACAUCAUCAUCGAGGACCCUGACGGUUCCUGCACCCUGAUCCUGGACAACAUGACAGCGGAUGACUCUGGACAGUACAUGUGCUUCGCCACUAGCACCGCAGGCAACGCCAGCACCCUGGGGAAGAUCACUGUCCAAGUGCCUCCUCGUUUUGUGAACAAGAUGAGGAAUGCUGUCUUUACCAUUGGUGAGGAUGCUCAGUUCUCCUGCACCAUCCAGAGCGCUCCCAGCCCCAAGAUCAGGUGGUUCAAGGAGGGCAGGUUGCUGACUGACCAGGAGAAGUAUCAGACCUACAGUGAGUCCCGUAGUGGAGUACUGGUCCUAGUCAUUAAAGGCCCUACGGAGAGAGACCUGGGACAUUAUGAAUGUGAGUUGUCUAAUCGACUGGGCAGUGCUAGGUGUGCAGCUGAUCUGUGCCUUCCUUCUGCUGUGACUAGGAGAGGAGAGCAGGCGAUCACCAUCGAAGUCACCGAGCAGGAGACUAAAAUACCAAAGAAAACCAUCAUCAUAGAGGAGACCAUAACCACGGUGGUGAAGAACACCCGUAUGAAGCGUCGUGGCCUGUCUCCAUCUGGGUUCAACCGCUCCCAAACCUCUACCCCAGAUCACCAGACCACCCCCGCGGCCAGGCAGAGGAGGCAGGCUUCCACCAACAGGAAGACCACCAUCCCCACCCUGUACGUCACGGAGCCCGAGGGGGCCGCAGGGGCCCGGGCUGCGGAGAACAAGUGGGUGGAGGUAGAGGAAAUCAUUGAGUACAAGGUCAACAAGUCGCCCAGGCCCUCCAGGAGAGGUGUCUCCCCAGCCGGGUCGGAGCGGGCACACACCCCCUCCUCCACCCGGCCACAGAGGUCCGCAAACCCUAACGCCAACAACUCCAACAACAACCUUGUAGAACUGCAGAACCACUCCGAGCUACAGGGGGCACAGCCUCUGUACUGGGACGAUGAGGAGGAGGAUGAUGACGUGGCAGUGGAUGGGUCCGAGGUCACCCCUGGAAUCAGUGGAGAGGCCUACGAGGUCUCCUCGCUUCUAAUUCCUAACGACCAUGAACACGAAGAGGACGAGGCCUGGCUAGAAGAGCAGCAAGAGGCUUUCAUCACAGAACCGGAUGACGAUGACAACACACCCAGAAAGCUGGAGCCUAAAAUCCUGACCGAGGGCAGUCGCGUUCUCACCCUGGAGGACCUGGAGGACUACGUCCCCAAGGAGGGGGAGACCUACGGCUCCUCCAACACCCGUUCAUCACCUCCCGAGAGGCCCUGCGAGAUCUCAGUGCUCCAGAGGGAGAUUGGGGGCUCUGCUGUGGGCCAGCCGGUGCUGCUCAACGUAGGGAGGCCUGUGGGGAUGCCUAGGGAGAGGCCCAGGCCGGGCUUCUUCAGCCGCUUUAGAGAUCACCUCUCAGGAAGCAUGUUCUCCCCGGCCGGCCCCCACCACAACUACAACCACCACCCCAGCGGAGGUCAGUCCAGGAGGGAGAUUCCCAUCCAGGUCAGCCACGCCAAGCUAGAGGUCAAGCCGUUGUACUGCUCUGAGGUGCAGAGAGUGGAGGGAGUGCAGCAGAGCUACAAAACUAAAGUCUACACGUCAGUGGGCAAGUCAGUCACUCUUCAGAUUAGCAAGAAUAACCCAUAUCAAAACCAAUAAUUUAGUGUGUGAAAAUAAGUAGCUGGAUUAGAACCAAGCAGAUUGUUGUUAUUCUGUGAUACGUACAAUAGCCCUUUUAGUCUUAAAUGGGAACCUUUCUAGUUAAGUGUUAAAAAGCAUAUUCUAACAUUGCAUUUUACUGCAAAUGGCGAAUCAUUCCAUUUUCAAGCAACCCGGCUAAAAGUAAAAUGCAGACACAGGAAGUCAGUCGUUUGGACUUUAAAGGACAAACAUCCAAAGGGGUUGGAUAUGUUUAGGCUAAAUGAUUUCCGAACGCCAUUGUAUACUAUCCAGCCUUCAAUUUAUUGCUGCCUUUCUUGCCACAAAUUUGAUGUACUGAAAAAUACAAUAAUUAUGAGUUGUUGCGACAUGGACUGACACUAUUUUCAAGUUCAAAACUCCAUCUGCUUUACCCUCGGGCGACAGAUGUUUAUAAUUUUAGCUCCUUGAUGUUAAACUUCUGUCCUGUAGGAGAACAUCAGUGUACAGCACUUUACACUAAGUGUACAAAACAUUAGGAACGCCUUCCUAAUGUUGAGUUGCACCCCGUUUUGCCCUCGGAACAGCUUCAAUUUGUCGGGGCGUGGACUCUACACGGUGCCGACAGAGUUCCUCAGGGAUGCUGGCCAAAAUGCUUCCCACAGUUGUCAAAUUGGGUGGAUGUCUUUUGGGUGGUGGACCAUUGUUGACACACCUGAAACUGUUGAGCGUGAAAUCCAGCAGCGUUGCAGUUCUUGACACUCAAACGUGUGCCUGGCACCUACUACCGUACCCCGUUCAAAGGCACUUAAAUCUUCCGGUCUUGCCCGUUCACCCUCUGAAUGGCGCACAUACACAAUCCAUGUCUCAGUUGUCUCAAGGCUUAGAAAUCCUUCUUUAACCCGUCUCCUCCCCUUCAUCUACACUGAUUGACAUCAAUAAGGGAUCAGUCUUUGUCAUGAUGUUCCUAAUGUUUUAUACACUCAGUGUAUGUCUCUCUGUUUGUUGUUUCCAGCUGAAGUUGAAUGAAGAAAGAGUAUCCACCUUGACUUGUAGCAUAUCAGUUUGUACAUAGUUUCUCCUUUCACAGGAGUUAGCCUGUUUGUGUUCUCAAACAGUAACUGACCAAACCAAUGAGCAGUCAGAUUUGAAAUGUUACAGAGGAGUUGUAAUUCUGGAAUCCACCCCAAAAAGAAUAACUUUGACAAGAUGAUAGAAGCAUUGAUUACUGAAGUUGCUGAAUUGUGCGACACGUCGACAAUGUUCUCUCAAUAGCAGACACAUGGAUCAUUUAAUUGUACUUCAGAUUGGGUAGUCUGUCCUCCUAUGCAGAAUAAAGUCUAAGUGUUUUAAACAUUUCUAAAAUGGUCAAUUACAUGUUGUGCAGAGUUGAUACAUUUACACGAACUAUAUAUCACUUGUGGUUUGGACUGUGGAAUGAUCUAGGUCUACGAUUGUGUUAUACAGGUCUCAUAUAAAAAAGUGUAUCAAUUUACUUCAGGUGAUAUACAUCCAAAACAUGCAGCUAUAUAGGAUAAUUCAUCUUGUCCUGGGUCAUUUGUUUUAUAGAAAGCCAAGUCUUCAUUAUCAGUUUGAGAGCAAUGAAGAGUGGAUUGACUUUAGACCAUUUUUUUAGUAUUUGUGAUUACUUUGGAGUAAAAUGUAAUUAAAAUAUGUUUAGAAAAGUGACCGCAUGAAAUGUAUUAGCUGAUUUGAGUGUUUAUCGGAUUAACACAAUGCCAUUUCAAUCCUUUAUUCGGUUCAGGUGAGAGCAGUUGCAUAGUUUGGAGUGAGUCAUUGAUCACACUGGAUUUGUUGCAAUAUCGUGUUUUAAAUAGUGAAUUACUGUUUCCCAAAGUAAGAGUGAUGUUUUGUUAGAUAAAACUAAAUAUUGUAGAAGCAUUUAAAUACUUGUUUGCUGUAAGAAAUUCAACAUAAAGCACAAAUAGGGUUUGACUGCCUGCACAUGUUUAGUUAAUGAAAAUAAAUGUUGAAUAUCCCUAAAUAAAUAAAUUAAUUAAUUGCAACUGA